AUGCCGCUGGGGAUGCUCAAUGGCGACGAUGACGACGACUUCGACUCGUUGACGCCACGCAGUAUCAGGCUCAGGAGCCCAACCCCUCCGCCAAAACGACCCGCCCCCGUCUCGUCCUCGCAGCAACAGCGACAACGUCCACGACAACAACAACAACAACAAUCGCAAUCACAACAACAAUCACAACAAAAGCAACAACAAAAGCAACAACAAAAGCAAGACCGAUCCCAGUCAACUCACACUCUCAAGAGACCUCAAUCAGAUCGCUCCCAGGCGAUGAGCAGGCCGACAUCGUCCCAGACCCCAAUCACGGCUGCUCCAUCCACCUCGAAACCGCGCGCUGGACUCCCCCUCUCGCUUAAGAAACCAGCCCCGAAAUCGAACCCAAACAGCCAGGUCACCUCUCCACAAACGAUUGAAGUUGCCACCCAGUCCACCACGACUUAUUCGACAACGAUUGUUACAACACCCAGACGCCUUACCAACAACUCUCCGAAGCCUAGAGAGGCAGCCGACAAGGAAACAGUUAUGAUUGUGCUCGAUUCGGAAUCAGAGGGAAACUCGGACGUAGACUGGGAUCGUCUUGCUGUCCCUUCGAACUUCUUCCCUGAUAUAGCCCUCGGGUCGACCCAAAUUGGUGGCGUUUUGUCAACUCAACCGGGUUCUGCGCAGAAUCAUAAACGGACGUCCCCCGUCGUGAUACCCAACACCAAAGCCCAGAAUACUCAGGAAUACACCCCCAGCUCUCAGGGCAGUGUCGAUCAUUGCCAGGAACCCGACCAGCUCGACAUCAGUUUUCCAGUCGACAAGGACCAGAACCCUCGCUCGCCCUCACCUGUACAUUACCAACUCGACACCAGAAUGGAUUGCGCUCAGUAUUCUAAAGCCCAGUGGUCGUUAUCGCCAAAGAUCGAGAAUCCGCGCCUUUCGGACCUUGUAGCAGCAACAUCAACCUCAUCCAACACGUCUGCCGAGUCUGCAACUACCGCAACUGCACCAACAUCACCAGAGCCUGUUGUUGUCGACGACGAUGAUGACGGCGACACCUAUACCCGCACCACAACAUCCAGCAUCGACAUCAGCAUUAUCAGCAUGAUUCGGACGGACGACUGCCUUCCAAGCACACUUGGAGCAGAUGACAUUGUCGAAUGCGUAGUUUGCGGGAAACCUUUGACCCAUCUCGAUUUAGCACGCGUGGAAUAUCAUAUAAACAACUGUAUCGACGAGCAGCAACAACAGCAGAAACAGGAACAACAGGGCGAUCGUCCUCGAACACCCACGAGUCAAGGCGAAUUUGCAGGAGCACAAGUCGACUAUUUGGCCAAGGUCAAAAAGUGCCCGAUCUGCAAGCUGGACUGGCCCACGAAGGGUAAAGCCAAAGCCGGCACAGUCACCCCCACACGGAAGGCGCGACAGAAGGUGGAGCAUAUGAAGCGGUGUGCCAAGGCCAACAAACAGACGAUCCAGAGCGUGCUUUACCAGGUUCGACUGUUGAAGGAGCGUUUCGAGCGGUCACUUGUGCUGGGCACGCCUAUGGAGUCGGCAAGCCAGGAUGUAGGAAGAGAGCUCAGAUCAGACGAGGAGGGUCAAUCCUCAGACGAGGCCAACCCUGAGGAAUCGCAGCCAAAGGUCUGUCGGAAACCUAGAGUCAAUACCAUGGUCAAGAAGCAGGUUGUGUCGCUGGCCGACAAUGCGGACGCGGAUUUUGCCUCAGAUGCCAUCAUUACUACGGUACACGCACCAACCACGGCCCAGCCCAGGCUCACCAAACUCGAGCGGAUUCAUCAGGACCAACAAGACGAUGGCCUCCAAAUGGCGCUGGCCAUUUCCAUGUCAAUGUGCGACAACGACUUUGGACCUCAUUCAACCACCUCAGGCCCAUCAACAACCUGGACGAUGGCGCCAACUGUUGUCAGGAAGGGAUUGAAACGGCGGAAACAGACCGAUCGGGACAGGAAUGAGACCACCGUCCUGCCUUUCGCAGAGGUGCAGCACUUGAUCCAGAACAACGUCCACUCCUUACUGUUCCCUGAGAUCGAUGAUCCAGCUGCAGAGGUUUCAGGCGACGAUGGGAAUAGUACAGGGGUUUUGAUGAAGACGCCACCUUGGGGACCUUCUCGCUUUACAGGAGAUACUGAGGAUGCUGAUGUUGAGAUAAAUCUGUCACAGGCUUCAGAGCCAGAUGCGACUUCGCCCACGGAAUCACUUUGGAAUCUCUCUCACCUCAAGGAUACGCAUGGCGGUGAUAGCCUCGAGGAUGCAACUAUGCGAGGCGUAAGAGAGGCAAGCGAGGCACUGGUCCAGGCUGGAUCGGGAUUAGCGUUCGACAAGGAGAAAUAUGUCACGCGGUUCAUGAGACGCUACAUUCGUCAAGAUCAAGAUACGAGGGUGGGGUCCAAAUCGGCGGAACCGGCUUCGCCUGAACAAGGGAGCAGCAAGUUCACGUCUCCGCUUUGGUCGGUUUCCAGGUCUCGCAGGAUGUCAUUCAUGGAACAGCGUAAAGGACUGGAGGCAGAGUCUGUCAAGACCUUGAAGUCUGAAAUUGUCGGACACUUGGAUGAGAUGCAGCGCUCGAUAGAGCAGGCCAAACAGGUUGCCUAUGCAAAGAUCCUCGAAUCUAUCGAGAGAAAUCCUGCUGCUGCUGCUCGUUUAACGCCGCCCAGAUCUCGUGAACCUAUUAUUGUUCAAGAUUCAGGAGAAGCAGACGAUGGCGUCGUUGAUGAAGACGCGGUCGUUCUGAGUCAGGACAUCCAAGAAGGACCCUUAUCACCAUUGUUACGUUUUUCCAAGAUGCCUGAGCAGGAAGAGUCGGUGUCCCCCAAGCCCCUCGAUUCCCCGCCGUCAGCAACGUCCCCCAAGAACCCUGUAGUAGAAGGCGUCAGUAGUCCUGUACGCGAGGCUCUGUCACAGGAUCUGAAUAGGAGCUGUACUAUGGACGACGCCGUGAACGACCUUGCCAUGGAUGACUAUGAUGCCUACCAGAAUGACAACAUCGCCUAUUCUUCAGGUGUUAUGGCCUAUUCGCCAUCACCAUCGCCAAGACCGCAGUCGCCUCCGCGACCAUCUCCGCGACCUCAGACGAGAACUAUGACUCCAUACGAUUUUCUGGAGCUGAGCCCACCGCCUGAGGCUGAACCACCAAAGACUCCAGUCAGACGUCCUCGACCCAAGAAGAAGACUCGAGCUCCCUCUCCAUCAUCGCCAGACAUAUUGCUGGGAGAAUUACCUCCGCGCCUGGACUUUGCCAAGAUGGGAUACCACAAGGCUGACGAACUCGCUGGUUUGGAAACCUCGGAUAAUGAGGCAUCGAGUGGAUGGGCCAACGUGACAACACCCAAGAAGUCGCGACGCUCUAACAAGGCAACGGGUCGUAGUACGUACAAGUUCGGGAAACUGCUACCUAGGCAAUUACAGUCGCAACAGGAGACCCCAAAGCGGAAAGCACCAACAGCAGCGACGAUCUCGGUUCGACUUGAACCGCUCCCUGCAACAUCUGCGGUGGGAGGAGAGGGCGGACUGGAGGAGCUAGGCAACUGGCCAACGGCGUCUCAGCUUAUUGCGGCUCGGCGCGCUGCCGCUCCUCGAAGUGGUGAACAGGAACUACAAACGUCUUCUUCACAGGUCUUGAUGUCUCCUCGUCGCUCUGCGGUUUCUUCACAGCCUGCAGCGUCCCCUCGUCGCCCUUCAGUUUCUUCUCAGUCUGCAGUGUCUCCACGACGUCCAGCUGUAGGGAGGCCAGGUAAUAGUCUGGUGGAAUCGUAUCGGAAGGCAGCGACACGGGCUCGGAAUGCGGCCAAUGGAACGUUACAGGCAUUGACAGGAUCGCAACCCCAGAAAAGUUCCCAGACUCAGACCCAGAAUCAGAGUCAGUCCCAAUCACUUUCGCAGACUACGCCUCAUACACCGACCAACAAGGCAGCCAGGGCUCGAGCGAUGGAGUUUGCGGCGGCGGCAGCGAGGGCCGUGGAGACCAUGAAGGCGCAGGAGUCAGUACCGAGAUAUGACUUGAUGUCGGUUCCGACCCUGCGUAUGCUGGCUGUUGGUUUUGGGCUCAAGGCGACGUCCAAGAAGCUGUUGUCGGAGCAAUUGACGGCGAUUUGGGAGAGGGUGCAUGAGAAUACGCCGAAGGCGGAUCAGCAAGGAGAGGGAGCGGGCGUGCAGGCUGAAGCUUCGAAUAUUGGCGAGUCGAGCAGUCGAAGUAGUCAGUUGCAGCAGGAUCGCUGGCGUGAUAUGGAUCAGGGUGGGCCUGCUGCUCGAUCGAGUCAGCUCCUCGGCCAAGACGACCGCGCUUCAUCGCCACCACCCUUCCAGUCUGUGGAUGACACUGCGCCAGGAUACAUGAGCCCUAUUCUGUCUGACAGCGACCACACCUACGACCAUUUGUUCGACAACGACAACCACUAUGAUACCAACUACGACAUGGAUUACGACAACAACUAUCGCAACUUUGACAACGACGUGCAGAUCGACAACCAUUCGCGUGAAUACAAGUAUGGCCUUGACAAUGACGCCGGUAGUGACCGAGGCGAGACGCUCGUCAAUACCAAGCGUGGGAGAGGAGGAAGAGUCGGCGCGGUCAAGGGUGGUACAUUCAAAGAGAGUUAUUGCAAGGAUGGAGACGACGCUGGUGGCGGAGUCGACGGUGACCAAGAGUCAGUGGGAAGUGACGAAGAGGACGACUUUUCUCAGCUUACUCAGGAUGAUGAAGGCGAAGAUGGCGAUGGCGGUGACGAAGAUAUGGAAGAGCCUUCGGACCAAGAAGAACCUGUGAUCACCCCGCCGACAUUGGAACGGCAGUUGUUCGACUUCUUGAGCAAGGCAUCCCACCUUCGGAAGCAGUACUUGACAUACAAGCCGCUAGACCUCGAAUUAGUUUGGGAGGAAUGCAGCGCGGCCCAAAUCCGCUGCUCACGCCAACAACUCUGUCAGUUCCUGGAUAGGCAGAGUAUCAUCUGUUUCGUCCCUGCCCACUCCACCCUGCAGAGCUGGCGCAAGACUCGAGCCAAGAAGCAGAAACGGGCGCACCCAUAG